AUGGCUACUGUGACAUCCAGUCAUCAUCAUCGCCACCACCAUUGGACUCAUCCAUCGAGACCCUUACCAAGCCGGAAGCCCUGCAGCGCUCGUGUUUCCUCGUCUGCUCCCUCCUCCAAGUCGACUGCCUCUUCAUCAGUCAUUCCAUUCUCAAGUGUGUUUCUUUCCUCUGCGUCAGCUAUCAGCUCGCCACCAAAGGCCUCUUCUACUCCUUACGUGAGGCCAUCUCCCAGCCAUUCGCCGCAUUGGACCUAUAGCUCCAGACCUCUGCCCCAUCGCAGCCCGUGCUCUUCUUCUUCUGGGGCCAUCUCUACUUCUUCAAGUCUUGUUUCAAUUCCUGUUCCCAAGGCCUCCACUACCCCUGUUGUGGUCAUUCCCUCUGGAGUACCGCACUCCAGCGGGGUGUCUGUUACCGAGCAGGUCUCUUCCUCGCACGUUUCUUCACAGAUCAGCCUCUCUGGACCUUCAUCUACUCCUACCGCAAUUGUCGUUCCUGUGUCCAAGCCCGGACAAUCUAUAUCUCAAUCGAGCUCAUCUCUUGGGGGUACUACUGCAUCUGAAUCUGCUACAGUGCAAUUGACUACAUCGACUGUUCUCUCUACUCGCACAGCCACCAUCACCGCAUGCCCCUCCACAGUUGUCAACUGCCCUGCCAGCUCAAAGACAACCUUUAUUACCACAGAGACAGUCGUUCUGUCUACCACAAUCUGCCCUGUCGCCGAAGGUAGCAGUGCUACUCAGACCGUGCCCUCCCUUCCAACUGCUACUGGAAGCAUGGGGAACUCUGGCUCGGCGCACAAUGGCUCGGAAUUGACCACGUCCACAAUCUACAGUACUCGCACUGCCACUAUCACUGCAUGCCCCUCGUCGGUCACCAACUGCCCCUUGAGAUCGAAGACAGCCUACCUGACCACCGAGACUCUGAUCGUUUCCACUACUGUCUGCCCUGUGACCGAUGCCACUGCCACUGCUGGUGCCGUCGCAACUCAGGAUGUCACCUUGCCAGCUGUGACACAGAUUGCUGGAGGCAAUGAUAACGGCGGUUCCCAGAUGACUACUUCCACCAUCUAUGCCACCCGUACAGUUACCAUCCUUGCCUGCCCUAAAUCAGUUACCGACUGCCCUUUGAGAUCUAAGACCACCUCCGUAGCUGUUCAGACCGUGGCUGUCGCAACUACUGUCUACCCUGUUUCCCCAGUGUACACAACAAUCAAUGCUGAAGGCGCUGGUACUGUUGGUGCUACUGUCACUGUUGCAACCGCCCAAGCUACCCAAACAGGUGCUUCCAUCCAGGAUAUUACCACCGGAUCUGAAUCUGGCUCUACUGGCAUGACAAAGUCUGUGGGUACAAGCUCUGGUGAGAGCUCAAACUCAGAUGCUACCUAUACCACCUUCCUCGCCGUGGAGUCCUGCUCCGAUGAUGGUACAUGCACAGGGUACGUCAAUACCAUUGUGAUGACCCAGACUGGUAUAGCCCAAACUACCGGAACCACCACCGCCUAUGUUCCUCACUUUACUGCUGGGGCUUCAAACAACUGGACUGCUCCUGCCUCCGGUUCUGCCUCUGGCUCUGCCUCUUCGACUCCUGCGUGGGUCCAGAGCACUUCCCCCAGUGGAAUGACCACAGCCGUUGCUUCCAUCACCAGCAGCGCUGUGAAUGCCGUGUACACUGGUGCCGCUUCAUUAAGCCAAUUUUCGAUGAUCCAGGUCGCUGCUACUUUGACUGUGAUGAUGGUGGCGAUGCUUGGCUAA